CGCCCGCGCGAAACUGUAAACAACACGUGCACCGAUCACGCCACCGAGCGCGUCAUUUGAUGCCCCCACUCUCCCCACUACUAGCUUUGCCGGUAUAAAAGACGUGCAACGAUCAUUUUAAAGGCAGUCUUGGCUCUGGCGUGGCUCGGUGCACUAGUUGUACCUCGCUUGCUUAACCUAGACGCUCUGGAUAAUUAAUUUGUGGAAUCGAAUUAAUUAUUAUUCCGGUGUUAUAAUUUGGUCCCUAGACUAAUUAUACCCGGGUAUUAUUUAUUGUUGGAUUUAUAACAUUGUUUAGUUUAAUGAUUAAUUAACCUGUGAUUGCUGUUUCUCUGUAUUUGGUUGAAUAAACUAUUAUCAAGGAACUUCAUUCUUUAUUUUAACUAUGGCCGAUCCUCUUCCUACAUCAGAAGUGGGAUCGGAUCCACCUCCAUCUCAUGAGCAAACCAACUCAACCAACUGCAUGGAUCAGCAAAUGUCUCUUUUUUCUUCCGGAAUGGAAGCAAUUUUAUUAAAAUUAUCAAAUAGUUUAAACCAGAAUCCCGUCAAUCCACCUACCCCCUUUAAAUUGGUGGCAUUCGAUCCCGAUGACGCGAAUUCCGACGUAAAAGACUGGUGUACCUUAAGCGAAAUGAUUAUCAAAAAAAAGAACUUGGAGGAUGUUGACCUCAUUAUUGCACUCACUCACGCUCUUAAAGGUCGCGCCGCGACCUGUCUUACAAAAAUACGGCCAGAUAACAUGUCCUGGCAUGCUAUUAAGGAAAUAUUAAUCUCAAAAUUUUCAAAACCAAUGAUGAUGCAAGACUAUUUUGAUCAGGUUAUUAAGUUUCACCUUGGUAACAAAGAAAACCCAGCUGAAGCAGGAACACGCUUAUGGCAGCUUAUAGAAAAAAUCCCCAACGCAAACUUACCUGAAAAUGUUACAACGGGUUUUGCAAUUUCGAUUUUAUCUCAAUGUGAUGAUAAAAUACGUCGUGAGUUAAACUCUGUAAUUAUUAAUGAUAAGCAUCAACUCUUUCGUACUUUAAGAAGCUUCACACUUAAGAGGUAUAACGAUGACUCUAUCACGUCGGAAAUGGAACAAAAAAAGUUCCGCCCUUCUAUGCCAUUUAAAGGUUCCUGUCAUUUUUGUGGCAAAACAGGACAUCGGGGAAGCGAGUGUCGAUAUAAAAAUCGCUCAAUCGUUAAAAAUACUUCUAUGUCAGCUAAACCAGAUUCUUCGAAGACUAAGUCCUACUGCUACGUCUGCCUGGACACCAGCCACAUAGCCAGCGCCUGCCCCAAGCGGUACACGAAAAAAGAAGACGACGCUUCAAGCAGCAAGCAAGUCAACCUGUGCAGCAAGCCAUCUCGUGGGACUCUAGAAACUAGUGGUAUGAAACUGUCAUUUAUUUUUGAUUCUGGAUCAGAAUGCAGUCUUAUAAAACAAAGUAAAAGCAACUUACUGACCGGUGAAAGAUUUCAUGAACAAGUAAUUUUAAAAGGAAUAGGUGGCAACAACGUUAUCUCUUCUUUACAACUAAAAUGUGAGGUUUACGUUCAAACGCUUCUUCUAGAAAUUUUCUUUCACGUAUUACCAGACGAAUGUUUAAGCGAAGAGGUUUUAUUAGGCCGUGAUAUACUGAAAAAUGGAAUAUCCGUUGAAAUUAACAAUGAGAAACUGACUUUCUUUAAAACCAAAAUCAGUAACGUUUGUUCUAAAUAUAAUUUUGACUCGCAAUAUAUAGAUACUGACUUAAUAGGUCACGAUAAAGAAAUCUUGAUAAAUAUUUUAAAUAAAUACGCUGACCACUUUAUAAAUAAAUUGCCAACUACACAAGUCAGCACUGGUGUCUUAAAGAUAGAUUUAAUUGAUCCCAGCAAAAUAGUUCAUAGGCGUCCCUACAGAUUAUCUCCUGCCGAACUAAAUAUCGUUAAUGUCAAAAUUAAGGAACUACUAGACGCUAAAAUUAUCCGGGAAAGCUCGUCACCAUUCGCAAGUCCCAUUUUACUAGUGAAAAAGAAAGAUGGCAGUGAUCGUAUGUGUGUCGAUUAUAGGGAAUUAAAUAAAAAUACACGACCUGAUAGCUAUCCCCUUCCACUUAUUAGUGACCAAAUAAAUAAAUUAUAUAGAGCGAAUUUUUUCUCCACCAUUGAUAUGGCCUCUGGUUUUCACCAGAUUAAAGUUGACGAAGACUCCAUAGAAAAGACUGCAUUUGUUACCCCCACUGGUCAAUUUGAGUAUCUGAGAAUGCCAUUUGGACUUCGAAAUGCUCCACAGGUUUUCCAAAGAGCUAUAAAUAAAUCUCUCAAAGAACUCAACGACGAUAAAAUCCUUGUCUAUAUGGAUGACGUACUUUCUGCAUCAGAAACAAUCGAAAAAGGCUUAGCCAGACUCGAUAAAUUAUUGGAAACUCUUUCCAAAACAGGUUUUUCUUUUAACUUAAAAAAAUGUUCAUUUAUGAAAACUAAAAUUGAAUAUCUAGGGUUUAUUAUAUCUUCUGGACAAAUAAGACCAAACCCACGCAAAAUUGAAGCUCUGAAAUCGUUGCCGGCUGUUAGUCCAAGUACAACAUCGUAUGCACCUUCACUUUCACCUCUUCCAACGGACGAAGAGUCUAGGGAAGCCGAAAACCCCACCUUUGCUGUUGCGCAGGUGGUCCAAGAGACCUUUUUACCUGCGUCCACGAAGGCUGGGAAACCCAGAGUGCGCAUGAGAUGGUCACCUGAAAACAAAGGAUAG